GAUUUGAACCCACAACCGCCAUAACUGAACAAAACAGCAAGCACAAAGCGACAACAACGCUCCGUGGAACAAUUUCUGUGUAGUUUGAUAAAGUACAAUUGUUUUCUACACCCAAAGGUCGUGUUUGUGAUGCAAUCCAGAAACAUUGAUAGCUUUAUCAUGAAUGGUAACGAUUGCGAUUCGUCCAACUCGGAAUUGCUGAUGAAAACCAUCAAAAUGAUGCAGCACCCGGCGUACGAGAAUCCAUACGAGUGGUCUACGGAUGAUUUCGAAAUAGGAUGCCCGCUUGGUCGCGGAAAGUUCGGUCGCGUCUAUCUUACCCGCGAGCGUGAAACCGGCUUUAUGGUGGCAAUGAAGGUCAUGUUCAAAUCUCAGCUAACCAAAUGGAACGUCGAGAAGCAGCUGUUGCGCGAGAUCGAAAUCCAAUCGCGCCUCAAACAUCCGCACAUUCUGCGACUGUACACAUGGUUCCAUGACGAUCGGCGCAUCUACCUGGCACUUGAGCUGGCCGCCCAGGGAGAGCUGUACAAACACCUGAAGGCGGCACCGAAAGGCCGGUUCGACGAACGCCGUUCCGCACGCUACAUAUCGCAGGUGGCCGAUGCGCUGAACUACUGUCACGCCAACAACGUGAUCCACCGUGAUCUGAAGCCGGAGAACAUACUGCUCACCGAUGACGACAACAUAAAGCUGGCCGAUUUUGGUUGGUCCGCACAUACCAACUCGAACAUGCGCAAAACGAUGUGCGGUACGCUGGAUUACCUGCCGCCCGAAAUGGUGGACGGCAAGACGUACGACGAUUCGGUCGACCAGUGGUGUUUGGGCAUUCUGUGCUACGAAUUUCUGGUGGGCAAUCCACCGUUCGAAUCGCAGACGACACAAAACACGUACGACAAGAUCCGGCGGCUGGACAUCGUGUACCCGCGGCACAUGACCACCGGUGCGAUUAAUCUCAUCUCGAAGCUGCUGCGCAUACCGAGCAGUUCCCGGAUCACGCUGCGAGACGUCAUGAACCAUCCGUGGGUUUUGCAGAUGAAGCAGUAAAUGGAAAGGUUGUAAUUGUGGUAUGUUUGUUUUGGAAAAGGUCGGAGCGAAUAGUUAAGUAAACUAAAUGGUAAAUUAUCAUUUUAUAACAAUAAUAA